UUUAUUUUUGUUGUAUUUUUAGGAAUUUUAAGUCAAACGUGUGUAGUGAAUGGUGUAAAUGAUCUCUAUUCCAAUUCACAUAUGUCACCAAAAUCAGACCAUCAUUUGAAUGAUAUUGAACAAAAUAUAAUAAAAUCUUCGUCACAACCAAUAGAAAAUAUAGUAUUUGAAUCUACACCAACGGUAGUCUUCGAUAAUGAAGCUCCAUUAGAUACAUCUGAAACGACAAUUAUAACUCCAACAGAAUCCUUAAAUGAAGAACUGUUAUUGAGUUCAUCGAAUAGUAAUGAACAUAUAAUUGUUGUACGUUCAGCCUCACCGAUAUUAUCAGGCGAUGAAGAAAUCUUAUUAAAAGAUACAAUUAAAAAUAAUUUAAACGAUCAAAUCGGAGCGAAUCGUAAUGAUGAAUUGAAUAAUAUUGAAAAAUAUUUACAUUUGAGUCCAACGCAAUCAUAUAAAACUUUAUUAUCGACGAAUUCGGGGGAAGUAUUGAGGGCUCCACAUGGCAAAGCACUGUCACUGCUGGAGCCCAAUACCUCAAACACCCAGAAGAGUGUUACGGAAGUAGUAAUGGUAACGACGCCGAAGGAUACUGUUACGGAAACGUCUAGAGCUCGACAAUCAAAUCCAGAUAUUCAGGAUAUAAUUACUGGAAUUGUAAAACUUCUAAAUGGAAAUGUGAAUGUACAAGCAAAUACAGCACCGCCAGUUAAUCGGCCUCAUCGACCACUAUCAACAAGAAUUAACAAUCGAGGUCCACCACGGAUUUCUGAUUUACCACCAUUACCUACCGACUUCGAAAAUCCCCCAGAUCCUUCAACUCCCAGUUCCAAUGUUCUUCCACCACCUCCAACUGGUCAAAUGACAGUUCCAUCAUCGUCUCCAAAUACUUUACCAUCAACAAAAAUUCCCCCACCAUAUCCAUUUGAUCUACCCCAUCCAAAUACUCCACCAUUACGACCGUUUUUGAAUGGUGUACCUGUACCAGAGCAAAUUGUUCCAUUAGGAGGAGGACAUAGACCAAACGGUAAUGGAAGGCCUCAUGGGAAUCGUCCACCUUGGCAUCGACGACCAAGACCACCGCAAAGAUUACCACCAAAUAUUCCACCGUAUAAACCAAUGCCACCAAUGGAUUUAGGUGAUGAAAUUAGUUUAACGUCUGUUGAGCCUGCUAAUAUUGAAAAUAUCAUGUCGGGUGGAGAACAUAGUCAACAUAUUCCAAUUACUGAUAAUCAAGAACCUAUGAUAAACUCAAAUAUUGGGCAAACAGAAGCUACUUACCAUGAUUUGGGCGAUCAGUUGACAUUCCAUGAUUUUAAUUUGGAUUCAAAUGAUACCGGAGUUUUAAUUACAGAAAUUAACUUAGAAUCAACAUCCGCAAAUCCUAUAGACCUUACAAGCGAUAAAAAUGAAUAUAUGAAAGAACCAUACUCAGAAAAGAAACCCACCAUAAAAGAUAAGGAUAAGCCAUCAUUAAAUAAGACAGAAAAAAUUGUCGAAAGAGAAGAAGAAGUUUUAACAUUAGAUUCUAACUCAACACAAAUUCCUACACUUUUCGAAGAGACCGCUGACAGUAUAAACAUUCAGCCAACAGUAACAUCAACUGAAAUUCGUAUAUCGACAAUGGAUAUUACGACAAGUUCAAUAAUUAACGAGAAUUUGGAACUUAUACCAGAAAUUGAGGGUAUUGGUGAAGCAAUACCAAUUUUAGAAACAUCAAUGAAAGAAAUUGAAUCAAUGGUAUCGAAAAUUGAUGCGACUGCUUCAACGAAUAGUACCAGUAGCAGCAUACAUCAACAACCUACACCAACCGAAGGUUUACCAUCGUUUACAUCGACUCAAGUUCUAACGGAUCCAAGCACGAGAUCAACAGAAAUUAUUUCUACAACCAGUGAAGUGAAUAUUAUUAACAAUCAACCGACAGUGACGCAAAGCAAUAGUGGAUUUCCAUAUUAUCCGUACCGACCUCGUCCAGGAAUUGUUCUUGAUGAUACUGACUUCAAACCCGGUGGCCAUAGACGCCCUCCAAUUUUAACUCGGCCACCGUUAAGUGGUGUAGGGGAAAUUUUCGACAUAACUGUUUCGGCUAUCCAAGGACCAGGUGGAGCACCACAAAGUGGACAAGGCAAACCUUAUGUUAUUCCUGUUGAUAUUGAUGGAGUACAUAUCAUGCCCACAAAUGCAGAUGUCAUCACAUCUCCAUCGGGCUCGGAAGGAUUUGUCUCUAUAGAUGGAAAACGAACAUAUUUAAAUCUAUUUGGCGAUGAAUCCACCUCAGUUCCAACUACUUCAAGAAUCGAUACACAUAUCAAACCAACAAAAACUUCUCCUGAUAGUACCGUACAAAUUACUGGCACUGGUUACGCAAUUCCACAAGCAGAUAUUGUUCAGCCAGGAGCUCCAAAUCGACCUGGUUUACCAUCCAAAGCGGUACCUACUCGACGACCAGUUUUCAGUAAACGACCUUUGCCACCCGUUAGAAUUGAUACUUGCAUUGUUGGAGAUGAUUCAACUUGUGAUGCAGGCCAACAAGAAAUGUGUCGAACAGAAAUGGGUGUCUCGUCAUGUCAUUGUCGACCUGGAUAUUCUCGACGAAAGCAUCGUGAACCUUGUAGACGUGUUGUUGCGAUAUUAGUCUCAUUACGUGUUGACAAAAUGUAUGAACGUAGAAUUGUUUGGGAUUCUAAAUUAGCGAAUAAAGAUACAGACGAAUAUCGACAAUUAGCGUAUGAAGCUACUCGAGCAAUCGAUUCAGCAAUGUCUAUGACACCAUUUAGUGAUGACUUCCUCGAAGCUAAAGUGAAUAAUGUAUUUAAAGGAGAUCCUGCUGCUGGAACUGCUGGAGUAUUUGUUAAUAUUACAAUGCACUUGGAAGAAGAUAGUGAAACAGUAAGACCCCAAGUGAAAGCGGAUAUUCAUAGGCAUUUAUUAGGUGUCAUACAAAGGCGAAGUAAUAAUAUUGGAAGUAGUGCACUAUGGGUUGAUGGUCCAGCAGGAGCAGUUUCCGCUCUACAUGAUUUGGAUGAAUGUUCAAGUCCUGAUUUGAAUGAUUGUCAUGCUGAAGCAACCUGCACAAAUAUCUUUGGUAGUUUUAAGUGUCAAUGUAAGAAUGGAUUCCGAGAUCCUUGGGCUGAUAAUCGUGCCAGAGCUGGAAGAAAAUGUGAAACUUGUCCUACAUCUUAUUGUAAUAAUCGGGGACAAUGUAAAUAUGACAAAGGGCAACAAGUCUGUGUCUGUCAAGGAAACUAUUAUGGCUCCCAAUGUGAAGUUGAUGGUGAAGUUGUAACCGUAGCGGUUGGAGCAAGUGUUGCAGCGAUUAUUAUAAUAGGAUUGACUUUAGUAUGUUUGGUAAUGUGGAGUAGAAAAUGGAACAGAGAACAAAAAGCUGCUGCAGCGGCUGUGGGUGGUUUAGGCGGAUUAGGAAGUCCAGUGUUUGGUUAUAUGGCGGCUGGUACUGGUGGUACUGUAAAAACACCCGCAGUUGGACCCCCGCCAUACCAGUUGACAUUAGAAGAUAGAAUGCGAUGGGCACAUUUAGCAGAUGUCAUGGCUCAAGCAAAUCAUUAUGCCCCUGAACCAGGAGCUAUAACACGCCCUUCAUCUGCUGUAUUUGGUGGUUAUCCAACAUUAUCGUUACAUGGUACAAUAGCACCUCCUGUACCAUUACCACGAUUAGGAUUACAUAUGGCCUCACAACAGCAACGAGCAGCUAGCAUACAUGGCGCAAAUCUACGAAGUAAUCAACAAUCGGCGGAUAAUACAAGUUCGAGUGAAGAAGAGGAUCGUACAGAUUUAUUAGGAAGAAAUUUCCAUGUGCCAAGGCCGAAAAGUAGAAGUAGUGUAGCUAAUCAAAGUGGAAUAUAUUAUGAUGUGGAUUAUGAUCAAGGGGAAAUUUAUAAACAUGCAAAUGGUGGAGGGAUACCGAUGAGCACGUACACACCAGGACGGCCACCAUAUUUUAGAAACUGAAAAACAAAAAAUUAUUAUUAUUUAUUUAACUAAUUAUCAUGAAGUUUGCGUUGAUAAAAUAUCGAUAGUUGUCUUAGAAAACGAUUUCUAGAAUGUAAUUUGGGAUUUAUUUUGACGUUCAUUCAGUUUAGAAUUUAAAAAUUUAAAAUAAA